UAAUACUGGCGGCAAACUGCAAACAGCAACAACACCUUGCCACUUUUCAGGCUUCUGUCUCUCCAGCAACGAUACAACAGGUGUCUGUCAAGCAAGCAACGAUACAACAGGAAUAAAUAAGAAAAGAGACUGCCAUGAGGAUUCUGUUAGCUCCACUGCUCUUGGCAGCUCUGGCCCAUGCCAACAAGGAUAGCACGUACUACAACAAUGGAGUCACCAAUCCGAAUGUGGAACAAGCCAUGUACUGGCACGAAGGAUGGAAUGUCUUGGAGGAUUUGUCGCAAUUUGACAAACUUUACGUCACCUAUCAUCACUGCGCCUGGGAAGCACCCACUGGAGACGACGACAAUGGCGAUGGUGGAGGCGAUGGCGACGAUUGGUACUUGAACAGUGUCCCCUCCUUUCGGGCCAAUGUCGCAUACAGUCUCUACGGAAUUCUCAAGGGUCAAAAAGAUUCCGGAUGCAACAAAAAGACGUACAUCAACUCGUUUCAUACCACACAAGGAUUGGAAUCCUUUACCAAUUCCAUGGCAGCGGCCGGAUUGACCAAUUUGUUUGAACUCGUCGAUGGAGAUGAGGACGAAGACGAUGGUCUCGGUGGUGGUACCGUCACAUCCACCUGUUACCAAGACGAAGAUGAAGACAAUGAAGGCGACGACAAUGUGAACAAUGGACAAAAACUCUAUCAGUCCACCAGUUAUGGAUUGGGAUGUUUAUCCGAUGGAAGCAGCAGUAGCAAAGACUUUGCCAUUCAUACGUACGAUGGUGGAUACUGCGAUGCCAAUUCCAUUACGGGAACCGUCGAUGAACUGGAAGAUUUGAACGAACGACUCGACUUGGCCAAGUGCGUUCCCAUUUUCGAAGGUGGAUACUACGACGCCGAAGAACAGGACGACGAAGAUGUGGAUCCUCUCGAUGUGUUGGCCACAUCCCGGGCGUGCCGCAUCCACGAUGGCACCAAGAGCUGUCCCGAUCCCUACGGACAACUCAAGCAACGAGAACGACAGCUCAACCAGGCGACUGGUGCCUUGUACGCGGGACCCUUUUGGACGGCUCGUAAAGUCAUGAUCACGGCAUGGACCAUGAUUGCCGUGGGAAUCUUUUCGUUUCUGUCUGCCAUUGCCUGGGCCGUCAAUGACUACAUGGAUGACCGAACCGGUGGUACCAAGAGUAGAAAGGUGCAAGAAGACACUGAUAGUGUCAUGGAUCCUGUCAAGCCAUCUCGUGGACGCAGUGAACUCAGUGAAACCUUGUCGAGUGUCGCCAGUACCAUCAGCAAGAGUUUGGGAUUGACAUCCGAUAGUCAUUCCAAGAGUUCCAAAAACUCCAAACGGUCCAAGCGAAGCAGCAAGUCAAAUAAGUCCAAGCGAUCGGGCAGGAGCGGUGGAAGUCGUCGUUCCAAACGAAGCAGUGGAGGAGGAGGUAACGAUGACGUUGAUGCUCCCGAGACGAUCAACUUUAGUCCCAGUUACCGUUCCGAGAAUACGGACACGAGCAACCUGAGUGCCGAAGACGUGGUUUUGAACAACAACAACAACAACAUUCAAGACGGCGUGGAAGCCGCCCCAAGCACCGAAGAUGCAUCGGUGCAGGCCAGCGUACGGGAAGCCGUGGGUGACAUGGUGCACUUUCUCAAAAAGACUUCCGAGACUUUCUUUGACGAGCCCGAAGAUGAAGUCAUUGAGAACAAGGGAAUUCCCGAUGAAUUGCCCAAGCCGUCGUCUUCGCGACGAGUACCGUCCGAAGCCGAAGUGGAUUCCAAUUGGACCGAAAAGGAAGAAGCCGUCUCCAAGAAAAAGUGGAGGAAGCGCCGGUGGUUCAAGAAGAUGCUGGGCAAAUAAAUAUAAAGAGGCGAACGAACCGCAGCCAUCCAGCCAUGCUGGCUGCAGCAACGGAAGUGAGAAUGCGCAGAUGGAAGCUCAUUGCAUGAGACGACGAGAACGCUACUACGGCGCGAACAUAGUUGUCGCAUCCAAUCAAGACAACUCUCUUCCAACCUUCCUCCAGACCUCCUCCUGUCGUCACAGGAGUAUAUUCUUCUCUGGAGUCUCUCUUGACACACUAAUCAUACUGACCGUAGUAGUUCCAUGUUGUUCAU